UUUGAAAAACGUCAAUGUCAAUUUAAAAUAGCAUGUUUUGCUCUUAGUAGUUUGCUACUUGACUUGUGUUUACUGCUAUUAAAUUUAGCGCGUUGCUAUAAAACAGCGUGAAUUCAUUCCUUUAUUAAUCUGAGUAGUAAUGGCUGAUGAAGAAUAUGAUGGUGAGGACGGUGGUGGAGAUUACGAUGAUAUGGUAGAAGAAGAUACCAAUAUAGAAGAGACCGAGGAACAAGAAGAAGACGGUUACAAUGUCCAGUGCCUUGCUCCUGGCCAGGCCGGUGGAGGAGUAGAAAAAUCAAAAAGGAUAACAACUAGAUAUAUGACAAAAUAUGAACGAGCAAGAGUACUAGGUACCAGAGCCUUACAAAUAGCAAUGUGUGCUCCAGUGAUGGUUGAAUUAGAAGGUGAAACUGAUCCUCUCCAAAUUGCCAUGAAAGAACUGAAACAAAGAAAAAUUCCCAUCAUCAUCCGAAGAUACCUUCCCGAUCAUUCCUAUGAAGAUUGGAGCAUAGAUGAGCUAAUUAUAAUUGACCAUUAAGAAAUAUAGCAUUUUUGAUUACAAAUUUUUUAAGUACUUAUAUUAUAAGAUGAAUAAUUUUAAGAUUUAUAAGCUGAUGAGUGGUUGUUGAAGUAUGAAUAGAUUUUAAACAAUCA